AUGGAGAAGGACCCGGUCACGCAGCUGGCGGAUAUCAACAUCUCCUUGGGGGGCUCCAACUUCUUCCCUCAGCUGAAGGAGGUCACGGAAGAGACUGUGAUGACCUCCAACAUCGAGGGUCAGGGUUUAUCCCUACCAGUCAAGAUGAAGAUGAGCGGCGUGGACUUUGACAUGGAGUACAAGAUGAGCUUCACCACGCCGGUGGUGGUCAUCACCAAGAUCUCCCCCACGCUGACGGCCGGGGAGGUGUCCCGGUAUCUGAACACCGCUUUGACGAACGUGCCGACCACCGAGUAUGUCACCGCCCAGAUCACCUCCCCCGCGGACUUCGUGCGCUUGAGCGUGCGGAUGGUGUCCUUGAGGGACGUGCAAGCGGCGCCGGGCUUCUGUGAGAGGCAGAUCUUCAGCGAAGGCUGGACGAAGCUGGCCUGCGUGGUGCAGGCUGCGCCCUUGUCUGCCGCCAACCUGGUCGUGGAGAUGCAAAUCAAGAACUUCUCCUCGACGUUGUGGCAGCUUUCGGGGUAUGAGCUUCUUAGUCAGAUCACCUGGCAGGCUCCGCAGAUCACGAGUCUCUUCACCAGGGAUGCCAACGGGGUGAAGGUCGAUUCCCUGAGCGUGGAGACGGUGAUGAUCUCGGACCCCGUCUUCUACAUUGAGGGCCGGAACUUCGCCAGUCUCACCUCGCUGUCGCUGACCUACGUAACCUUGAAGGAGUACAAGCUCUGGCUGCAAGGGGUGGACCCUGAGUUGUCCUUCUGCAAGAGCAUUGAGUACCUGUCAGAUACGGAGCUGAAGUGCUACAUCACCAGCUGCCUGGACGCGCGGAACAUCCCCAACGACCCCGCGGUGGUUCUGCAGAUCGGGGAUCUGCGCUCGACGGAGCUGCAGCGCAAGCUGACGCUCCCGCAGCCUGCCAUUAGCACCAUCACCCCGGAGCUCAUCUACGAUGCAGGCUUCUCUGAGAUCGAAAUCCAGGGGAUCUCCUUCUCAGAGUACUUGGCGUCCAAUGGGAGCUUUGAGGAUGCUUGCACUGAGUGGCAGAAGAAGCUGCAGGGGCUGCUGGCCGGGAGUACCGGGAGGCGCUUGGCGGGCGCCUGGGACCUCAACGGCAUCGACCCUAUCGACCUGGACCCGUGGAAUCUGCAGCCCAGGCAACUGGCCACAGCGUCCACCAUCCCAGCGCUGCAGAUGCUGGGCUCCGUGUCUGUGGUGGUGGGGGACGCCACCUGCAACGUGCUGGUGCAGAACAACAGCUACGUGAAGUGCGCCAUGAGCGCCCCGCGGCGCGCGGCACGGAAGGAGCCCGAGGAAGGAGAGCUCAGGGGCCAGAUCAUCUCGGAGAACGUGGAUGUGAGCGUGGUCUUGAAGGUCGGGUCGAUCCCGGAGAAGAACGCCCCGGUGCUCCCGACCAAGCUGGCGGAGUGUGAGAACGAGGGCUACUACAGGCCCAACGAGGACAGCGACGCCUGUGAGGCGUGCCCAAAGGGGACCUACUCCACCCGCUUCACCACGGAGUGGCCCUUGGGAUGCACCUUCUGCGCCUCCGACUCCUACCAGGAUCAGGUGGGGAUGACUGCGUGCACCGCCUGCCCGGCAAACACGGAGUCCGUGCCGCCAGCUGCCGGCCUGCAGGACUGCCGCUGCAAGAAGGGCUACUACUCUCCGGUCUAUGACGACUCCCAGACCUAUGGCCAGCCCGGCUUCGCGUGUGUCUCCUGUAGCUCUGAGACUUUCACACUGGAUAAGAACCUGGACGAUGCGCCCUGCGACUUAUCAAAUCUCCGGGACCUUUGCGACGAGCCGGUGUCCCCCACCUGCGUGCGCAAGAGCCCGGGCUCCACCACCUUCCGCCUGUGCACCAUCUACUGCGCGGGGGGCACCAUGCUGCCGCUGUCGAAGCCCUACUUCUACAUCUCCAAGAGCCAGGCGGUGGCGACGGUGACCAACAAGGAUCAGAAGGAGGGUACCAGCCGGUGGUCGACACAUGCACACCCCUCUAUGCCUGCUUGA